GCUCAGCUGUGCAGAGUGUAUUUAAAGGACCUUAUUUCACUCGCUUCUUCCCCCUUCCACCUUUGUAUCUCAGGACGCAACGAACCCAUAGUGCCGGCUCACUAUGUUACGAGUUCAUGCAGCUCGUUCUUUCCGUGACGCAGCUUCAAGUAUUUCAGGUGCACCCAACUCCUACCCUCGAGGUGAAGUAUAUGGAGACUCGAGACGGAAUCAGGCUAUCAUCAGUCUCUUGAAUGUCCUGAACGAAUUUAGUAACGAGUCUUCUCUGGACAGCGAUACCAUCCUUCCUCCCGCCUUGGAGGAUGACGAUCCGACAGUAGAUGAGAAACUGCAAAUCGCAGGAUCAGAAUCAUUCAACACACUUGAGAGACGAAUAGAAAAUCUUGACAAAGAGCUGCGCAACUUUGCUAAUGCUGCUCGCCAACUUGGCAGUUCCAUCGGAAUCUUAUCCUCUAGUUUUCGACUACGAGAGCGCCUUGCGAAAUUGCUAUUUCUGUUCCGCGAGAACGCAGCUAAUUUGUUUCCCCGAAAGAUUUCGCGUCAACCUCGAGAAGCGCCCAUCAUUCAUCAGUGGACAGAGCAACGGCGCACAGAAAAACAAAUGUUUCCAAAAGCCCACACUGAUCCUGAAAGUUUUCCCGACCAAAUUGCUGGUUUCGCAGAAGACGUCGUAACGUUUCUGAACUGCCUAAACGAGUUUCCGGAGUUUACAGACGAGGCCGUCAAUACGUCAAUGCGUACUUUCGAAUGCGAUCUGAAGUAUUGGGCCUCGUGUCUUCAGGAGUACAAAGGUCAAUUUCGGUAUCCAGCAGUGCAGCGUUAUAUCCAUGAUUUGACAUCGGAGAUUGGGGAGCACAUCGAUAUCAUCACAGUCAAUCUGUCUAUGUUUAUUGAAAUCGGUGUUCCCACGAUUCGAUUUGCCCAGCAGCAUGCAGCAUCGAACUUGCUAAACUUAUCGACAGUCGCGACAUUCUUUUCAGUUGUAACAGCGUCGACCUUACAGUUCUCAUACCAGUUGACGGACGGCGUGCUGGAGACUUCUGUCAAUGCGUUCUGGUUCUCUUCAUUGGUUUUCAGUAUAGCAGCCGCUGUGAAUAGUCUUCUUGGUCUCACCUGGAAGCAAGCAGUCUAUCGCUCUCCAGGCCAUAAGGUACCUUGGUGGGUGUUGAUAUGGAUCAAACGAUCGCCUUUGGUGUUUCUCGUGAUGUCUGUGGCAUGCUUUUCCGUGGGCUUGAUGCUAUUCACAUAUGCUACAAAACAGGGAUUUGUCACGUCCACGAUCACCACUGUUUUCACGGUAGUCACCUCGUUCGGCCUGGCUGUUGUUUCGGCUUGGUUCGUCUCAGAGCGCAGGGUCUUUGUUCGCUACCAUGGUCAAAUCUGGUUGGAUGAUGCAAUCAAUGAAACGAUCAAUGAAGUAAUCCACCGCAUACUCCGCUUUUCUCUAGUCGUGGCAAUGCGAGAUAUCAUUCGUUGGUGCCUCUUCGCCAUUAGCGGCCUGUUAAGACGAGUGCCUCUCAAGUUCCCCGACGUGAUUACCCGGAUUGGACAUAGGGACCGUACACUUCCUACUAUGCAGGAGGGCCCGCCGAUGGAUGAUCUUUCUCACCGCUGUGACAUCUCUACAUCCGCAUGCUCGGCUUUUACUGAGCAUCCCACUUCGAUAAAAGGGCUUGCAAGUGAGGAUAGUAAACCAUCUCACCCAGCCAUCGCCCGUCAGCGCUUCAGAGGAGCUGUGCGUUCUAUCAUCGUAAUGCAACAGCAGAAAGCAGGACGACCCAUGAUGCCGCAACGGAUCCCAUCCUUUGACUGGAACUCUGCCGUGGGGAUGUCUCCUACCCGGCCCUCGUCCGUGGAUUUGGACGCCAUUCGAGGACCGCGAGCCACUUUAAUUCCAAAACUUAAAACCCUAGAGCCUGUACAAGACCUCUCCGUACACACCGCCCUUGUCCGGCAUUUACAGUUCUCCCCGAGUGGCAAGUAUCUAGCUACGUCAAGUUGGGAUCGAUCUUCCGUCAUCUUUCGUGUUGAGGAUGCUUUUUCAAUUCAUGCCAUUCUGGUACACGUGGGAGGCUUUAUCGGUCAGGUUGCAUGGUCCGAUUCUGGCACCCUUCUUUUGACGAGGUUACCUCGCGGAAUCAAGGUUUGGACAGAGGAUGGAUUCUGUAAGAGAACGAUUGAACGUCCGCACUCAGUGUCAUCCGUUGUGUGGCUUCCUGCGAACGAGACACAAUUUUUUUCGGUCGAAGGUAGCAGAGUUCUCAAACUGGACAUUAAAGGAAGGGUUCUUGAUUCUUACCACUUCGGUGGCAUCCAGUUGCACAAUGUGGCUGUGACUCCAGAUGGUCAGCGGUUGCUAGGUGUAGGUCCACUGCUCGCGGCACCCAACGGGAUGCAUCCAAGCCGCACUACUAGGGUUGAGAAGUGUAUAGUAGUCCUCAAUAUGGAGACUAGAACAUUUGAAAAUCAAACACCUGUCUUCAACGAUGUGCGCGACAUUACGAUGUCUAAAAGGGGUGGAAAUGUAUUGAUUUCAUUCGAGCACAAGACACAUCCGCAGUUAUGGAAAAUGGAGUUGGUUCGGGAUACUAAAGACCGUGAAAACCCCUAUGCCCAAACCGCUAGGCUUAUUCUCCGUCACACGUAUGAGCCGACGGUUCGUGUGGAUUUUGUGGGUCCGAGCUACUUCGGCGGUGUGGACGAUCAGCUAGUGCUGUGUGCCGGCAAAGCGGGCGAUAUCCAUAUUUGGGAACGUGAUACUGCAAUUUUGCUCCACUACAUUAGACCUCAGGCGUUCGGCGGAGAUUUGACAUGUGUCGCAUGGAAUCAUUCCACUGACGACCCCUGCAUGUUAGCGACAGGCAGCCAUGACGGUACAGUGCACAUAUGGAGGACUCCGAUGUGGGACUGCUCAUCUGAUGGCGGUUCGUAUCUUGAGCAUGCUGGCAUGUUAGGAGCGGACCAGCAUACGUCUUCACCCAUCCUUGGCCCACCACCUGUUCCUGGAUCCAGUCGAGGGCACCGAUAAAAAGCAUUGACCAUACGCACCAAAACCUCCAGUUAGCAUUAUACGCAAGCAAAACAUGUAUUGUGUUCACGCAUGGAUAUUCGUUAUCGCCAUAAAUAGGUAUCUAUGGUCUUCAUUGGUAUUUACAUAUACUUAGGACUGUGUUUCAAAAUAUUUCCUGGCAAUGAACUGGGUUUGUCGA